UCGAUGAGUGCAGAAGUGAAACCAGAAUGUGCACCUGAACAUCCGCUGCCAUCUGCGUUUAUCACUCAAACCCCUUCCCAACUACACUCCGAACUAGGAAGCUGUUUCGAACCGGGUGAUGUGGUGUGGGCGUAUGUAAAGGGUCACCCCUGGUGGCCGGCAGUUGUCAGUGAAGACGACUUGGGGGGCGACGAGGAACGUCUGUGGUACCAAAGCAAAGGCAACAAGUACCACGUCCAGUAUCUGGGACCCCUUUUGGAACACCAAUGGAUAACUCCAGCUCGUUUAGUACGCUUUAUUUCAAAACAACAGUUCGACGACCACCUGAAAUCUUUGGAGAAAAAGUCCAGUGCUGGUCGAGUUUGUCCGAGGCACAAGGAGAAAUGGGAUCUGGCGGUUGAGGAGGCGAAUCGAUUUCUCAAAGCAGCAGACAAAGUAGCAAUGCUGAACAAAAAAUUGGUCGAUGCUGAAGAGGAACGGGAACAAAACAAAGAAAAUCAGAAAAAUCUGUCGCUUAAAGUCUGCAUAUACGAUUCACAGACGUACGUUUUGAACGAAAAAGCUUUCAAAAAUGUGAACAAACGUUUCAGAGACAAAGAUUCAUCUUGCACUAACAAGUUAGCUCUAGUUUGCGAAAAGAUUGAAAUAUCAAAUGAAGAUUUGGAAUCGAUUGAAGCGUUGAAGCUGAAUGCUGACUGUAUUUUUAGACUGAAAAUUGAAGAAUUAGGCGAACAGAGGAAAACCAAAUCGCUAUCUAGUAGUAGUGAAAUUAGCGAGAAGGUAGAAAGCAGAAGAGCAAGGAAUUGCAGUGAAUCCUCGUCUAUUUCAUCCUCAUUGAAGUCAUUCGAAGGAACGACUGGGAACUUCAACUUAAUGUUAGACGUCGAGAUAGUUGAGGCCUUGAAAAGCAGUAAAUGGAAAUUAAAACAGUUAAUAAUGAAGCAUCAAGGAAAACUGGCGGAACGCUUGGUUCUUAAAAUGAAAAUGAGCCCUAAAUCGAAGGAAAAGGAAUCAAAGUUAGUUUCUAGGAAAAGCGAAACCCUCUCUUUGUUGACCUUGAAAGAAGCAGUUGCGUUCUUGGGUGACGACGGCAAAUCGCCCAUCAAAAGAAGUUUGGACAAAAUACAACGACAGAUUGAAAAACAGCAAUUGAAAGAAAAAUCAAUGAAUGAUCAAACGGAGAAAGGUCCGAGGACCUCAAGAGCUGUAGCAGUUCCUGAGCGCGAACUAAAACCGGUCGAAAUUGUUGACCCUUUGAAACUUUUGUACUUAGACCCAAACACGAAAGAUAAAAUCUGUCUGAAAUGCGAGGGAGAAGGGAAACAAAUGAUUUCAUGUGCGGAGUGCUUAGAUUGUUAUCAUCCGAGUUGCUUACCAAGUGAAGAAACUGAACAGAUAGAACCAAAAGAGGGUUUCAAAUGUGCUAAAUGUAAAAGUGGAUUAAAACUCUGUUUUUCCUGCCACGAUUCAAUACUUGGUCUUCAAGACUCAGAACUGUUUCAAUGUACGGUGUCAAACUGCCGAAAAAUGUAUCAUUUGGCUUGCCUGGAUAAAUAUCCGGCAUUGAAUGAAAACUUCGGCUCACCUAAUAAAAAGCGAGACAAGUGUCCGCAACAUCUAUGCGCCUCCUGUUUUCCUCACGACACAGCUGCCAAUAAAGUUUGCUUCGUGGGAAAGACCAUUAAGUGUCUGAAGUGUCCAUUAGCGUAUCACUCUGGGAAGAAUGAGGAGCUGCUCAGAUGUGUUCCGGCGGGUAGUUCCCUUCUUAGCAAUCACUUCCUCAUUUGUCCCGCUCAUUUCGCCACAGCCACCGGCAAUCAGAAACAGAAACAAAAAUUUGCGAAGAAGUUGCACAAGAUGCACUUGAACGUGCACUGGUGUUUUCUCUGUGGCACCGGGGGAGAUUUAGUCGUAUGUGAAAUGUGUCCCGCUGCUUUCCACCCGCAUUGCGUGAAACUCAAGACCAAGCCAGACCACAGUGAGCAGCCAUUCUACUGCGAGAGUUGUAUGGCCGGAAUCCUACCCCGCUUCGGGGACAUAGUGUGGGUGAAGUGUGGCAACUACAGGUGGUGGCCGGCCAAAAUCGUCCAUCCGGAAGAGUUGCCGGAAAAUAUCUACAAAAAGAAUCACGAAGAGGGAGACUUUGCAGUCCAGUUUUUUGGUAGUCGGGACUUCAUGUGGACAUCUUUAGGACGUGUGUUUCUUUUUGAGGAAAACGAUACGGCUUCCAAAGGGACGAAUAAUCACUUGAGUAUGGUCUUUCAAAAAGGUCUCAAGGAGGCAACAGACGCGUUUCGAGAUCUGACGGCGCAAAGAGAACGCGAACUGAUAGAGCGCGUUAACGGCACCUCGGGGAAAAUCCCGGCACCGUAUAAAUAUGUCACUAGAAAUAUCCCUCAAGGUAAUGUGAAAGUGUACAAAGCGGAUCUGGAUAACUACGCCACCUGCACGUGUAAGGAGGAUGAUUUGGAUCCAUGCGGACCGUCGAGCAACUGUGAAAAUAGGUAUACUAUGAUAGAAUGCCACCCGAAGCUAUGCAAAGCGGGGGAUAGAUGUCGGAACCAGAGGUUUGCUAGAGCAGAGUACGCAGAGACUUACUACUUCAAGUGUGGCGACAGAGGCUGGGGACUGAAAAACAAAACGACCAUUCAAACUGGUCAGUUUGUAAACGAGUACUGCGGAGAUCUGAUCACUUACGAGGAGUAUGAGCGAAGACUGAAGUAUCAGAACGACAGAUCCGAGUUGGAUUUCUAUUUCUGUGUGUUGGACUCCAAACGAGUGAUAGAUGCCAAGCCGAAAGGCUGCCACUCUAGGUUCAUGAAUCACAGCUGUGACCCCAACUGCUACGGUCAGCUGUGGACUGUGAACGGAGACAUAAGAGUGGGCCUGUUCGCUAUUCGUGAGAUCCCACCGGACUCUGAGCUGACGUUCAACUACAAUCUCAGCAGCCUAGGAAUUGUGGACGGUACGAAGAAGCCAUGUCUAUGCGGUGCCGAAACAUGUUCAGGAUUCAUUGGCGAGAAGCCAAAAGCAAAGACGAUACUCAGCAAUGGAUCCGAAACGUCCAGUAAAACAUCAGAUCGGAAGAGAAAACGAAAACGGACUAUCAGACCGGGGGAUAGAACUUGCUUCAGGUGUGGAGGCUCACAGGAAGAAGGAGCUCUUGCUUUUUGUUCGCGCGCUGACUGCGCAAAAUGCUACCACAUAAAGUGUUUGGGGCUAGCAAAGAACCCGGGAAAGUGGGAUUGUCCAAAACACUUCUGCGACGUAUGCGGAAAGGGCUCGGCCUCUUUCUGUCAAAGCUGUGACAAUUCAUUCUGCAAACUGCACACGGAUCAAAAUAUUGUGCAAGUUGACGGAGUCGAUUUCAAGUGCAACAGUUGUUUUAAAUCCAAAUCGCCUGUGAAGUCACGUGAUGACGAGAUUGCGCCAUGGCCUGCAAGUGGCAUGAACAAAGAGAACACAGUGAAUUCAGGAAGCGAAGUUGCAAGCAGUCCUUUCAAAAAAGUGAAACUAGCGACUAGAAACUUUCAAAUUAAAGAUGAGCCCGAGUCAUCGCCAGUCAAUGGGCGAAGAAGUUCACCGCGCAAAAAAGCGUCCACUGAAAAUGAUUUUUCCACUCUGAGUGAGCUGAAACUACCAACUGAAAAUCAGACAGUACAAAGACCUUUGUCUAUAAAGCAGGAGAACAACGAGAGUACAUCUUAAUAAUUAACUGAAUUUUAAAGCCUUAACUAAAACUGAAAACAAUUCUAUAUUCUAUUUUGUGACUGCCAUGUUUUGUUUUAUGAUGUUGCAACUUUUAAUCUGAAGUCGCUGGUUUCUUGUGAAUUACCUGAUUUUUGAAAAUUGUUGAUCUUAAUAAUUAUUGAUGAUUUUAUUAAAUGUGUCGAGUUUGUGCUUUCAUAUUCGCAAAAAGUGUAAUGAGUAGUGUUUGUUGAAUUCAAUAUUCUAAAUGAAA